UUGCGUUGAAUUGGCCUUUGCUCUUUUAAUUUAUAAAACAAAGCAAAUACAGAGAUCCUGAUAUUUUCGUGAAUGAGUAUUGUUAUGAGUGUUGUACGAACAACACGAAGGAAGAUAACGAAAUGAAAAAACCCAUAUUAAGUUAUCUCUUUAAUAUCCUUGUAUUUUGUGUAAUUCAAACUUUUUUAUGCGAUGUGAAAGCAAAUAAUGGACUUAAACCAAACAUAAUUCUCAUAGUUGCCGAUGAUUUGGGAUGGAAUGAUGUUGGGUUCCACGGUUCCUCCCAGAUUCCCACUCCCAAUAUAGAUACUCUUGCGUAUUCGGGUAUCAUAUUGAACAACUACUAUGUAAAUCCAAUAUGUACCCCAUCCAGAAGUGCACUAUUGACUGGAAAAUAUCCAAUUCAUAAUGGAAUGCAGCAUGGAGUUAUAACAGGCACUGAGCCCAGAGGUCUUCCUUUAUCUGAAAAACUCCUACCAGAGUACCUCAGGGAGCUUGGCUACCGGAAUCACAUAGUGGGCAAAUGGCACCUUGGGAGCUAUAAAAAAGUGUAUACCCCAACUUUCAGGGGGUUCGAUAGUCAUUUGGGCUUCUGGAUAGGUCAUCAGGAUUAUUUCGACCACACUAUAGAGGGUUGGCGAAGGCAAACCUGGGGCUUGGAUAUGAGGAGAAAUAUGGAGGUGGCUAAAGAUCUCCACGGAAAAUACUCCACCGAUAUUUUCACGAAUGAAGCUGUGAAAAUUAUCGAUAAUCAUGAUGUUACCACCCCCUUAUUUCUCUAUCUAGCGCACGCAGCUGUUCAUUCUGGAAACUCGUAUAACCCCUUGCCAGCGCCAGAUGAGUACGUCUCCAAAUUUUCCUACAUCAAAGACUAUCCAAGGCAGAGGUUUGCUGGUAUGAUGAGCAAGCUCGACGAAUCUGUUGGCGACGUUAUCAGUGCCCUCCAAGAGAAGAAAAUACUCAAUAACAGCAUCAUAAUAUUCACAACCGACAAUGGAGGAGCAGCUGCUGGUUUCAACGAGAAUGCAGCUUCCAACUUUCCUCUUAGAGGUGUGAAGAGCACCCUUUGGGAAGGAGGAAUUAGAGGUAGUGCCUUGGUUUGGAGUCCGUUGUUGAGGGCCAAUGUAUCCCACAGAGUUUCUCAAGAUUUGAUGCACAUAACCGAUUGGUUACCGACGAUUCUGGAUGCUGUGAGUGGAGGAUCAAGAGAGAAGAGCAAAACUACAACUUUGGAUGGUACAAGUAUGUGGAAAACAUUUUCGGAAGGCUUCCCUUCUCCUAGAGAAGAAAUACUGCAUAAUAUCGAUGAUAUAUCCGGACUUUAUUCAUUGAUGAAAGAUUCUUGGAAAUACUUGAAAGGUGAUUCAUACGGAGGAGAAUGGAACGACUGGUAUGGUCCAUCAGGAAGAGAUUACAAAUAUAAUUUCACCGCCUUGGAGCAAUCGAAAACGUACAAAAUCCUCAAGUCGAUAAAUAGCAUUCCGGAUAAGGUGAAAAUAAAAGAAAUAAGAAAGAACGCUACAAUAUCCUGCUCUCCAAACUCUACUCCUCACACUGAGUGCAAACCAGCGGAAAAGGCUUGUUUGUUCAACAUAAAUCUUGAUCCAUGUGAAAAAUAUAACGUCGCUGACAGGUUUCCAGAUGUUGUAAAGAAAUUGGAGGAAAUCUUGCAGAGAUAUAACGCAACUGCUGUUCCUCCAGGAAAUCUUCCGUUUGACCAAAGGGGAGAUCCAAAGUAUUGGGAUUAUAUAUGGACCAAUUUCGGGGAUUAUUUAUAAUCUCUGUAAAAAUUAGGCACGUGUUGGAGUGUGACUUAUUCAACCAAACGUUGAAAUCUUGUAGAAAAUUCAUUCUCAACUGGUUUUUAUAUUAAUAAAAGGACAAAUAAA